AUGCAAAGAUCACGUAAAUCUCUUCUUACUAUAAGAGAAUUGUGGAAGACUAAUAGGAAGAACUUAUUUUAUAAGGUGUUCUUGCCACUUGUCGUCUUUAUGUGGGGACUUCUCUUCCUUCUAUAUAUACGGAUUGGCCAUGAUGAUGGCUACAGAGAUGGUCAGAUAGAUUUUCCAAAAGAUUCCUACACUUAUCAAACCGAAAUCGAAUCCAAGACUAUCCAAAACCAUUCUGAUCUCAUUAACAAAACACAACAAAUUCAUUUCUCAUUCCCAAACGAGCAACCAAAAGAGACAAAAACCGAAAGAUUUUCAGUACAAGAUCUUGAUGAAUUCAAGAACAAGGCUUUUGGUGGUGCAAAAAUCCAUCCAUCAAACCCUAAUCCAGAAAACAUAAUUCACCGGCUUGAACCUAGCGGUGUGAAAUACAACUAUGCCUCAUCAUCAAAGGGUGCAAAGGUUUUGGCUCAUAACAAGGAAGCCAAGGGUGCACCCAACAUCUUAAACACAGACCAAAAUCAGUACCUUCGAAACCCAUGUUCAUCCGAGGACAAUCAUUAUGGAACAGCGUUUUAUUGUACGUUGAGUGAUGUUCGGGAUUAUGGUGUGGAUGCGGUUGAAAUGAUGCUUGAGGAUUUUGUUUUUGCUCGAAAUAAUGAGUUUUUGUCUAACGAACAUGAAGGUGAUGGAAAACCAGAGCCGGAAGGUGAACCGUGGUUAGAGGAAAGAGCUAAUGUGCCUGAUCCACAUGUGGGAAGGUUGCCUGGGGACAGUGUUCUUAGGUUAUUGAUGCAAAAAGUUCGAUUGUUGGAUAUAAAUUUAACGGUUUUGGAGAGGUUUUUAGAUGAAUUGAACUCGAGAUAUGGUUAUAUUUUUAGAGAAAUAGAUGCGGAAAUUGGAGAAAGAGAUGUUGUGGUGGAAAAAGUACGCAUGGAUUUGAGAGAUUUGCAUGAGAGCAAGGAUGUUGUGAUGGAACAAAGAAAGAACAUGUCGAUGAGCUGGAAUCAUGGAAAUCUCUUGUGUCCAUUCAACUGGAUAUCAUGA